AUGAACUCAAGUAACAAUCCUGUGCAAGGCACUCAGGUGGCUCGUUUUGCAGUGAGCCUCCAAAAUACCGAUCCAUCACAAAGGUGCUCCAGGGAACUGCCAAAGUGCAGUGCAUGCCUUCCAUGGCCUGGGCCUUGCAACUAUUCUCGCGAUCGCCUUAAGCCUGCCCCAACUCAAAGCCAGCCUAGUUCGGUGCCAACCCAAGGACAACCAGGAACUCAGAGCAACGAGCCAACGCCUCAGCCAGCAGUCACACAAAUUGAUCUCACGGUAGAAUCUCGACUUUGCAGCAUAGAACACAAACUUGACCGUUUAGCUUCGUUGGUGGAAAAGGCUGUCUUGCGAGCUGCAUCCGAGAAGGAAUCGGAAAGCGAUGCUCAGACGCCGUCGCGGGCCAACCAGACGAGCAGCCAAACCGAUUCUCGGGUUCCGAAGCUGUUCAUUGGCGAGUCUCAUUCUUUCUCUUUUGUUAGAGAGGCAACUGAAAACCUCCGGUCCACGCCUGGAAUACCUGGUCCUUCGUCUCGGCAAGAGGCGGACGCUCAGUCUGAGCUCCAGUUUCUAUCAACGUCCCUGACUACCGCGACACUUGAGCCCGGGCAUAACUCACAUAUGUCAGGGCUCCAUGUACCUUCCAGAGCCAUAGGCUACAAGCUUAUUGGAACCUUUUUAGAACACGCGCCAAAAGGCGAGCCAUUCUUUGUCACACCUUCAGAGGAGCUUCUGAAGCAGAUAGUCUUCAAUCCUGAUAAAGUCUCUCAGAAGGCUUGGUUGGUCUAUUUCAACUACAUUAUGUUAGCUCAAGUUUCUCCAGAGAAACAAAACCAUGGAGAAGAAGCUGCGAGAUUUCGCCAGAACAUGCGGAUCGCCUUGAACGACAGCCGCAUAUUCUUGGAACCACGACAAGUUAAUGUCCAAGCAUUAGCUCUGCUGGCUGUUCAUGGCGAGGACUACGCCUCUCCGAACUUGUCGUGGAUGCUGGUCGGCCAUGCUUGUCGCCAAGCAGAGGCUCUCGGCUUACAUUUGCCAACGCCUAGAGAUGUUGAAACCUAUCAGCGAAGUCUCUCGAUGUUUUGGCUUCUUUUCGUAUUGGAUAAGUCGUGUGCCCUUGCAUUUGGUCGAUCCCCGUUCCUUCCGAUGAAACUCUACCAAGAGGUUCCAUUGCCUGAUUUCAGCUAUCUGCUCAAGUUCCAACCACAUCUCGAUUCGGAUUUCAGCAGUGCACCACCGGCUGCUCGUCCGUCUGAGUUUGGAGCACACUUCUUCAUCAGGGGUAUUGAGUUAGCCAGGAUCAUGGGCUCAGUCGUCGAUACGCUGGCCCCAGGUUCUUCGCCACCCUCGAGGGAGACUAUCAAGCUGCAGCUCGAAGAAUGGUCCAAUCAAACGAAAAAGAUUUUGGAUAAAAUAAUGGACGCAGAUAGGCCCCUCCUUGAGCCGACUCAGUUGAAGGAAAUGUCCUUGGGCCUCAAUAGUCUGAGAUUCCAGUACCUCCAUGUCGUGAUUGUUCUUCUCAAAGGGGACAAGCCUUCCUCCAAUCAACGUUUAGAGUGCGCAAGAGAGGCUCUAUUCAUACUACCUUCAAUUGUCUCUAAUUGGUCUUCCGUUUAUAACGGAGUUGUUUGGCAUCUAUUGUACUAUCCUUUCAUACCAUUCUUCGUCGUGUUCGAGAACCUAGUCCAGAGCUCCACGUUCCAAGCCUCAGCGACAAUCGACCAUGACCUUGGUCUCCUUGCUACAACUGUUUCCUAUUUUUCGAGCAUGAGAGAUCAGAUGCAGCUUCUCGCGGUUUUAUGCUCUCGUUUGGAGAAUGUAGCGUUUGUGUUCCUCGAACUAGCUCGGAGACACAUACGACAUCGCCAUGCAACCAUUAACAAAACCCUUGAUUCCUCAUGGCUCCCACUACAAAGUCGGGCUGAAACGAAUGUCGAGGAAGUGGCAGCAGGAGAUAGCCUCCCCGGCCUCUCACAAGGCACUCUUGAUGACUUCACUUUGGGGGAUGGGCUAGACAUCGGAAAUUUCCUCAACUGGCUGCCGGCUGACAUUUUCACAUCUGGGCCAUCUCUGGGGCUUGAAUCGCGACAGAUUCUCGGAUCUGCAAGCAGCGGCCCUGAAGUUUCAUCCACAGCCGAUUUGCGAGGUCGAAAAAGACCGUUUGAUGCGACAUUCGAUUGGUUUUCGUGGGACGCAUAUUACGCCGACAUGCAUUUUCAUUAG